AAAUUACUGGUUCAAGAAAGGACAGUCAUGGCACACUUGCCAAAAGCAACUCUACUUGUAGGGACAUCUGAAUUCAAUGCACAUUAUCCUCCAGGAUGUUAUACGCCAGAGUAGCAGUAGCCUUGCUGCUUGGUUUUGCCGCCUGGGUUUACAAGGACUUUGUUCAACCUCCCCCUCCAAGGAUCUGUGGCCGACCGCUGGCUCCGCCUGUCACCGCUCCCAGGAUUGUGCUUAACGAUGGAAGGCACCUCGCCUACAAGGAAUCAGGGGCAAGCAAGGACGAGGCUAAAUACAAGAUCAUCGCUGUCCAUGGCUUUGAUUCAACCAGAGACUCGUUCCCUGCAUCCCAAGAGUUGUUAGUUGAACUGGGGAUCUAUUUGUUGACAUUCGAUCGAGCAGGGUACGGCGAGAGCGAUCCGAAUCCAAAGCGCAGUGUCAAAAGCGAGGCAUUCGACAUCGAGGAACUCGCGGAUAAGCUGGAGAUCGGGGACAAGUUUUACCUGGUCGGAAUUUCCAUGGGGGCUUAUGCUGCAUGGAGCUGCCUCUCCUACAUACCGCACAGAUUACGAGGAGUAGCGCUUGUUGUGCCGGCGAUCAACUACUGGUGGCGGUCUCUCCCUGCCGAGACAGCGGCAGAGGCAUACGGCAAAUUGGCGAAACAGGAUCGAUGGGCGUUUCGAAUCGCGCACUAUCUGCCAUUCUUUUUCCAUGGUUGGAUGACUCAGAAAUGGUUCGAUGCUUCUGCUGUUUCCACAGGAAACCCGAUCGUGUUAUCUGAAGAGGACAAGAAAAUCAGAGAGAGAGCCAACAAGGAAGAACAAAUAACUGGAUUCAAGAAGAUAGCAAGGCAACAAGGUGCCUUUGAAUCCGCCUACCGGGAUGUAAUGGUCGUCUUCAGCAACUGGGAAUUCGAUCCCACGGAUAUCGUCGAUCCCUUCCCUAACAACGACGGCUCCGUCCACAUUUGGCAGGGCAGUGAAGAUAAGAUCGUUCAGAAGGAGGUGCAACGCUACAUCGCGAAGAGGCUGCCUUGGAUACAUUAUCAUGAGGAUCCUGAGGCUGGGCACUUAUUCUUCUACGAGGAGCAUUGGCAUCGCAAAAUACUCGAAGAACUUCUAAUUCGUCACGAUUACUCCGGGGAGCGGAAUCCGAUUCAUAAGAAAUAAAUUUUAGCAUUAUUGUUAGGUCAUAUGAUGAUAUGACCUUUCAUGGACUUGUGUGUUUAGUCGAAAUAAUGAACGGUUGGUGAGGUGUCAAAUGGUCUGUGGAGGAGCAGACAAUAUUAAUUUCAUGCUUCGUUUGACGUCGCACUUGCCACUUCAA